UUGCUCGGGUUAAGUCAGAUUGGACAGUGAAAAAAAUUGCAUUUAGCGAAUAUUUUAAUAAGAAUUAAUCAUCGAGUAAUAUGGAGAACCACGACCAUCUAUUAACGAUGCGAGUGAGGAAGUACAUCGAGGAGCACAGCGGUGAAACCCACCUGUAUGUGGGGCAGGCGACCAUGGAGUUGAUGCAAAAGUACCCGGAGUACUCGCGACGCGAAUUUGAACCCUUCAGGCAGUUGGUACUUCAAGCAUUCUCCAUAGUCUCCGAUAGCUACAACUUGGACAUGGUCGAGGCGCCACCAAGUAAGCCGCUGGCUGCCAAGCCCAUCAGCGAACCCAUCGAUAUAUCCAUUGGGAAGGACAACGAAGAUGACUCCAAUACCAGCACCACCAACGGAGAUGAGCAACCAGCUCCACCGGAAGUUCAGGCCAAUGCUCUAAAACGCCUGAUGGAAGAUCUGCCGGAGACAACGGCGGUUCCCAAGAAAACAGCUAAAUUGAAUACUAUUCCAGGCUCGGGACCAGAUUCCGCACACGAAUUUCCACCAGGUGUCGGUCAUGGGGGUGAAAAUCAUCACUCCGAGGACGCCGAGGAUCAUGGUAAUGCAUCCAGUUUUAAUCAGCAGCGGAAGUACAAGAAGAAGCUGAAGAUGUACCACCCCAGGCAAAGUUUCUGGGACAUUGGCGGCAUGGAUACCGCCCUGAAGGAGCUCUGCCAGAUUCUGAUCCAUAUCAAGUCGCCGAAGUCAUACUUUCACUUGGGACUGUUGCCCUCGAAGGGAAUUUUGCUGCAUGGCCCGCCAGGAUGUGGCAAAACCUUUCUAGCCCGUGCCAUAAGUGGGCAACUUAAAAUGAGGCUGCUGGAAGUGCCGGCCAAGGAGCUGAUUGGUGACAUCUCCAACGAGACCGAAGAGCGCAUACGCGAGGUCUUCGAACAGACCAUUAACUACUCGCCUUGCGUGCUCUUCAUCGACGACAUCGACGCCAUCGGUGGCAACCGCCAGUGGGCCUCAAAGCUGAUCAGCAGCUGGGAUAACCUGAGAGCCAACCAGUUUGGUCACUCCGUGCUGGUCAUUGGGGCCACCAGGCGUCCCGAUGUCCUCGAUCGUCGCCUACGUAGCAUUGAACGCUUCGCUCAUGAGAUCGCCAUACACAAACCGUCGCGCAAGGAGCGCCGUAAUAUCCUGCGCAUCCAGUGCGAGCGACUGCCCAUUGAUCCGAAGCUUAACUACAAUAAGGUUGCCGAACUAACACCUGGUUAUUCCGGCGCUGAUCUGAAGGCCUUGGUCGCGCGCGCAUUUUCCGUGGCCGUAAGGCGUAGGUCCAUGAAGAAGUUCCGUGAACUGCGCGAUGCCAGAGAGAAGAACAUGAUCACGGUUAUUUUGGAUGACGAUGAGUCCGUCGAGGGGUCAGGCGAUGACGAGAUCGACGAGGCGGAUGGUGACAAGGAAAACACCGAUGAUAAUGACAACGCAGGGGGCGACACACCCAACACUGAAUCCCCCAAGAAACCCCCCACCAAUGGCGAAUCACCGGGAGAACCAGUGGACGAAAAGCCGGAGGCCGUUGAGCAGGAAGCGGACUCAUCCGACGACGAAUACUACGAGCCCAUGCUGGCCGAGCUGAUCAACUUUGUGGACCAUCCUCCCAAGAAGUUUGCCGAUCCAAAUUUCUGCAUCACUCUCGACGAUUUCGUGAACGCCAUCAAGGUAAUGCAACCUUCGGCCAAAGGCGAGGGCUUCAUCACUGUGCCGGACACCACCUGGGAUGAUAUUGGGGCACUCGAGAAAAUUCGCGAACAACUUAAGUUGGCUCUCGUGGCGCCAAUUAAGUAUCCAGAGAGGCUGGAACGCCUGGGAUUGAAUGCUCCUUCGGGAGUUCUGCUCUGCGGUCCGCCAGGUUGCGGCAAAACCCUUCUGGCCAAGGCUAUUGCCAACGAGGCUGGCAUCAAUUUUAUUUCCGUCAAGGGCCCCGAGCUAAUGAAUAUGUAUCUUGGCGAAGGCGAACACGCUGUGCGUGCCUCCUUCCAACGUGCCCGUUACUCGACACCCUGCGUCCUCUUCUUUGACGAAUUCGACUCCUUGUGCCCCAAACGCUCGGAUGGGGGCGAGGGAAAUAAUUCUGGCACUCGUAUGGUUAACCAAUUGCUGACCGAAAUGGAUGGCGUCGAGGAGCGCAAGGGUGUUUACAUCCUGGCGGCGACCAACAGGCCGGAUAUCAUUGAUCCGGCCAUUCUACAUCCCGGUCGCCUCGACACCAUUCUGUACAUUGAUUUCCCCGAUCAGAGCGAACGUGCCGAGAUCCUAAAAGCCAUCACAAAGAACGGAAAGCGUCCUCUGCUGGCGGAGGAUAUUAGUCUCGACGAGCUGGCUGCCCAAACAGAGGGCUACACUGGCGAGGACCUGGCAGGACUAAUUAAACAGGCCUCCAUGUUCUCCCUGCGCCAAUCUUCAAACGAUGACAAAUUCAAACUAGACGAUCCAUGCUUACACAGUCACCAUUUCAAAGAUGCUCUACAAAAGUUGCGCCCCUCAGUUUGCGAACAGGAUCGCAAAAGUUACGAUGAACUGCGCCUGAAGUACGCUGGGUACGCUUAG